AAAUCCGUAAAAGUAGUUUCAUAUCAAUAAAAUGGAACAAUUAUAGUUAUAUCGGUGCAAUUAACAAGCUAGUUGACAUAAUUAAGAAAACAAUUUUAAUUAUUUGUAAUAUAAUAAGUAUUUUUCAUCGCCUUAACAAAAAAUGAAGAUGAUACAGUAAAUCGACAUCUUCUUAGACGUCACUGAUCAGUGCACUUUUUACCGAGAAGUGUCGUAUUAGCACGUUCCAAACGUUUCAUUAUCUUUGAUGCGUUUUAAUGUUCGUAUAUUUUUAUGAACCCAAUACAAUGAAAAAUACCAUAUUUUUUACAUUUUGCCCGACGGACUAAUUAGACUUUUAGUUAUAUACCAUAUUUUUUGAAAACUGUGAUUUUGUUCAAAACUCCCUAACCUUAUACUGAUUUCACUCUCAAAUCGAUAAAACCAGCGGUUUUGUUAUUUUCAAUCAAGCAAUUAAAACAAAUGGUGUUCAUGAGAUAACCGACAACCGUUGCGGGUUGGGGUUAUCAUAAUCAUUAUUGUCGCGCAGUCGAUGUAUAGCUUCACUGAGUUAAGCGCAGACAGUGGGUGUAUCUAACAAAAAUGCCGAUCUCAGACCGCAGAGGAUUAAAAAUUGUUAAUAUUGAUGUUAAAGAUGUGAGGUUUCCCACUUCGCUCGGUUCUCAUGGAUCAGAUGCACUGCACACAGACCCCAACUACUCCUGUGCCUAUGUAACAACGACUACCGAGAAUGGAAGGAAAGGAUUCGGGCUGACCUUCACUUGCGGACGAGGCACCGAGAUCAUAGUCCUUACUAUAAGGUCCAUGAAGAAGUUCAUCAUAGGCAAGAAUGCUGGGGACAUUUUUGCCGAUUUCGCUGGCUUUUGGCGGACCAUUACAAACGAUUCGCAAAUGAGAUGGAUCGGUCCAGAAAAAGGUGUGGCUCAUUUGGCUGCAGCAGCUAUAUUGAAUUCCUUAUGGGAUCUGUGGGCUCGCCUCGAAAAUAAACCGUUAUGGCGUCUUCUAGCUGAUAUGGAACCCGAGGAGUUGGUAUCUACAAUUGACUUCCGGUACAUAACAGAUGUGAUCACUAAACAAGAGGCUAUACAAUUACUGAAGGAGAAAAGUGUAGGCAAAAAUGAGAGGAUACAACAUUUACAGGAGGUCGGAUACCCUGCGUACACCACGCAAGUCGGCUGGCUGGGUUACAGUGACCAGUUAGUGCAGUCGCUAUGCGAAAAGUACCUAAAGCUUGGUUUCAAAUAUUUCAAAGUUAAGGUUGGGGUAAACUUUGAAGAUAAUUUCCGAAGAUGCAGCGCUGUCCGAAAAUGCAUUGGAAAUGACAACGUUUUAAUGGUUGAUGCCAAUCAAGCUUGGAGUGUGAAUGAGGCUAUCGAAUGGAUGAAAAAGCUGGCGCCGCUCAAACCAAUGUGGAUCGAGGAGCCUACUUCGCCUGAUGAUGUUCUCGGACACGCAGCUAUUUCUAAGGCUUUAAAGCCCUAUAACAUAGGAGUGGCGACCGGCGAGAUGUGCGCCAACCGUGUGAUGUUCAAACAGUUCCUGCAGAGCGGAGGCAUGCAGUACUGUCAGAUAGACUCGGCGCGUAUCGGUGGCAUCAACGAAAUUUUGUCAGUGUAUCUAAUGGCUGAAAAGUUUAAAGUAAAAGUGUGUCCUCACGCGGGCGGUGUGGGACUGUGCGAGAUGGUGCAACACCUGCAGUACUGGGACUACGCCAGCGUGUCCGCCACCAUGCAGGACCGGCUCGUCGAGUACGUUGACCAGCAACACGAACACUUCGUCGACCCCUGUGUGGUAGAAAAUGCGAGAUACAUGGCGCCUAAGUUGCCAGGCUACAGUACAGAAUUCCUACCAGGAAUUUUAGACAAGUUUACAUAUCCUACUGGGAGUGAAUGGAAAAAAAUGAUCAAAGAUGGACUCUUCCCACCUCCUGAUGAAGCUGAAUUAGUUAAUGUCUAAUUGAAUCUGAACUCAUAUCUAUCUGUAUUCGAAUCUCAUUUAACAUUGUAAUUUACAUUUUUUUUAAAUAUGUUUAUUUCGAAUUGGAAGUAAUAAAAUGCCUUUUCCCACGUUUUUAUACACUCAC